UGGACUAGGUGUCAUUGCUCAUUCAGUUUUUCUCUCUUUCUUCCUGGAUGCCGCGAAUCGAGACGGAAUCCAAAUUCCAAGCAUGAAAACGUAGGAAUCCAAUUCCUAAGGAUCAUAAACAGCUAUGGCAAAUCAUUCCUCAUCAUACCCAAUCCUCUGCGCUUCCUUCAAUCAAGAUACAAGUUACUUUGCGAUUGGCACGAGGGAUGGAUUCAAAGUGUUCGAUUCCGAAACAGGGACUCUACGUUACGAGCGAGCUAUUGGAGGUUUCAUCAUUGUUGAGAUGCUGUUUAGCUCUAGUCUUCUUGCCAUUGUUGGAGCUGCCAUCUUUAUCCCCACGCCGUCUCUGUUUGUUCAACACUACCACUGGAGCUGCCCGCCGAGAACUAAAUUUUUUAACUUCUGUCCUUGCCAUUCGUCUAAAUAGGAAAAGGUAAAAAAUACUUAUCAUAUCUUGCUUGUUUUACUAUUUGUUUUCCCUAGAACAAUUGCUAUUUUAUGAAU